AUGUCCGCCACACCAGCACGAUCCCUGGUUCGAUUGCACCUUUACGGUAUUCUGCGAGCUGCCUCAGCAACAGCAGGUCUGCUCGCAGACCUCAAACAAACCGAUGGCCAACUCAACUUAGGCAUUACCAAGCUGCAUGCCGCGUGUGUCACCGACUACGACGACGAAUGGGAUGUCUGGACGAGCGCUCUAGCUCUUGCACCAAGUCACAGCCAUCUGCACGCAUUGCGCGUCAGGUAUCACGGCGUAGCAAGAGCCGGCAACGAGCUCCCCUGGUUCGAGAUGCAGCAGGAGACUCGACAUCGGAAUGUGAAGAACUCGCAGACCGCAACAGUGGAUGUCACAUUUCCACCAAAGCUUUCAUUGUCUUUCAACCACAAAGUCUCACACGACAAUAUCGGCGCAGAGACCAUUCACCGCAGGUCUUCUCAUAAGGGGCGUUGCGAGGCAGUCAUUGUUGUGCCGCUCAGCAAGCACCACCGACAUGAAGUACUUGCCAAGAACAUGCUCUCCCAAGUCGCUCUAGGUCGGGAACGUGCCAUUAUGCGAGAACCUGCCAUUAUGCUCUCGAAGAUGGUUCUCGCCAUACACAUCAUCUUCAACGCUGAAGACCAAUUUCAUGAGCUACAAGCGAUGGUCCAACAGACCCUCAUAAUGAUGGUACAUGGCGAAUGUUUCAUGCGAGCGCGAAGGCUUGCCAUUUGGACCUCAAAGAAGAUAACGUGGACUCGAUUCCCAACUUGA